GUAUUUGCAAUGCCAACGCCAGUUAAUACUGCUAGGCAAUGCUUGACGCAUGAAGCUUCCAUGACUCUCGACGAUGCUGUAGCCAUGGCAGGUCGUCGUGGCCAUGCUCAAACUACAUCUCUUCAUUACAUAUCUUCCUUACUCUCUGUUCCUUCUUCAUGUUUACGUGAGGCAUGUUCUCGUACAAGGAACAAUGCAUACUCUGUUCGUGUCCAAUUCAAAGCUCUAGACCUCUGUUUAGGGGUUUCGAUGGAUCGGUUGCCUUCGUCGCCCAGCAGCAGCAAGGUAGACUAUCCACCUGUUUCGAAUUCUCUUAUGGCAGCCAUAAAGAGGUCGCAAGCGAAUCAGAGACGACAGCCGGAGAAUUUCAAUUUUUAUCAACAACAGCUUCAGAAUCAGUCAGCUUCUUCUUCUUCAGUUCCAGUAGUCAAGGUUGAGCUACGGAAUCUCAUAAUAUCUGUCCUUGAUGACCCUGUUGUAAGCAGAGUAUUUGGGGAAGCUGGUUUCAGGAGUUGUGAUAUUAAGCUUGCAAUUCUUAGACCUGUUCAUCAACUCUUCAGAUAUUCAAGAUUCAAAGGACCACCCUUGUUUUUGUGUAAUUUAGCCAAUCAAACCGAUCGAAGUUUUAGCUUCCCCUUCUUGGGAUUCUCUGGGGGAGAAGAUGAUUGCAGAAGAAUUGGGGAGGUUUUCGUCAAUAACAGAGGAAAAAAUCCACUUAUUCUUGGUACUUGUGCACAGGGUGCUAUGAACAAUUUCCUUGAAAUGAUACAGAGUAACAGAGGAGGAGGAGGAGGAAUCCUUCCUGUUGAGGUAUAUGGAUUGAGUGUGAUUUGUAUAGAGACAGAGAUCAUAAGGUUUGUUAGAGGAGAAUAUGAUGAGGAAUUAAUGAAGUCGAAGUUUGAGGAGAUUGGAAGUAUGUUGAUGAAUAAUAGUUUAGGGUCUGGUGUUGUUGUCAAUUACGGAGAUUUAAAACUGCUAUCAAGCAAUGAUGGUUAUAUUGAUUCUUGCAGAUAUAUUGUUAGCAAAUUGACAAGUUUGCUACAGAUUAAUCAUGGAAAACUCUGGUUGAUUGGGUGGGUAGAAAAGUAUGAGAUAUAUUUGAAAGUUUUGAAUAGAUUUCCUUACAUAGAAAAAGAUUGGGAGUUGCAGCUUUUGACAAUCAUUUCUUCUGGAAAUCCAAAGGAAGAAACAUUUCCUAGAUCCAGGUUGAUGGAAUCUUUUGUGCCAUUGGGAGGAUUCUUUUCUACGGCAACUGGUGAUAUUAAAAGCCCGUUAAGCAGUUCAUACCACACUGCAUCCCGGUGUCACUUAUGCAAUGAGAAAUGCAAACAAGAAGUAAAUGCUCUCUCAAAAUGUGGAUUAAUAAGCACUGCUUCAGUUGCAGAUCACUAUCAAUCAAGUCUGCCUUCUUGGUUGCAAAUGACUCAACUCAACACUAAUGGAGGACUCGACCCUAUCAAGGCCAAAGAUGAUAAAAUGGUAUUGGGUGCUAAAAUUGCUGGUUUGCAGAGAAAAUGGGACAAUCUAUGCCAGCGUUUACACUACAAUCAACCAUUACCCAAGACAAGCAACUUUCACAUGACUUCUGAAUUCCCAUCAGUUGUAGGCUUUCAAGUUGUUGAAGACCGAAAACAAAGUCUCAAUAACGAAAUCAUUGAAACUAGGAGGAAGAAAAUGACUUGCACAAUUUCUUCAUCAAAUGAAAGCAGCAUUUUUCUCUCCAAAACGCGGUCACAAGGUGAUGAUGACCAUGGCUUUAACUCUUCAACCUCUCUAACUUCAGUCACAACAGAUUUAGGUUUGUGCAUGGCCUCUACUUCUCCAAGCAAAGAACAAGAGCACCUCACAAUCCACAGUAGCAUUAAUCAACCACAUGACAUAUCAUGCAGUGUUGAGGCGCCUCGUUUCAUUAACCGCUCUCCUCUUCAGCAGCAAUUGGAUCCAAAAGAUUUUAAGAUGCUAUAUGCAGCUCUUAUAGAAAAGGUUAAUUGGCAAGAGGAGGCUGUAAAUGCCAUUAGCCAAACAAUAGCACGGUGCAGAUGUAGAAAUGAAAGAAACAAUUGUCCAAGUCGAGGAGACAUCUGGCUCAACUUUCUUGGACCUGAUAAGCUCGGUAAGAAGAAAAUUGCAAUUGCAUUGGGUGAGAUUCUAUAUGGAAGCACAAACAACUUAAUCUGUGUAGACCUAAGUCUACAGGAUGAAGUCGGGUUGUUUGAUCUUCAAGUAUUGAAUCAAUACGACGUGAGAUUCAGAGGGAAGCAUGUUGUUGACUAUGUUGCUGAUAAACUGAGGAACUGCCCUUUAUCUGUUGUUUUCCUUGAAAAUGUGGAUAAAGCUGAUAUACUGAUGCAGAAAAGCUUGUCCCAAGCUGUUAAGACUGGUAGAUUUUUGGACUCUCAUGGUAGAGAAGUUAGCAUAGGUAAUGCAAUCUUUGUGACGACGUCAUCAAGAUUAGAUGAAGAAAGAACUCUUCCUUCUACCAAAGAAACAGCUGAGUAUUCGGAAGAAGAUAUAUUGGCAGCUAAAGGUAACCAAAUCCAGAUACUAAUUGCUUUUGAUCUUACAGAUGAUGUCAAAAGUCCAAACUCAACUGCAUUGAUAACAACUAGAAAAAGAUCUUCUAGCCAAAUCUUUGUGAAUAAUAGAAAGCUUAUAACUACUGGUCCAAUUGAAAGUGUAGAUCAGCAAUUUGGAAGCUCGGAGAUGGCCAAACGAGCCCACAAGACAUCAAACACAUGCUUAGAUUUGAAUCUUCCAGCUGAAGAGAUUGAAAAUUAUGAGAACUUUACUGGAGAUUCUGGCUGUGACUUUUCCAAUGAAAACACCACAGCAUGGUUGAAACAAUUGUUUACACAAUUUGAUGAGACCGCGAUUUUUAGGCCAUUGGAUUUAGACUCUCUUGCUGAGAAGCUAUUGAAGGAGAUGAGACAAUGCUUCCACAAAAUUGUCGGUCCAGAAUGUUUGCUAGAGAUUGACUCAAAAGUAGUGGAACAAAUUCUGGCAGCAGCAUGUUUAAGUGACAGCAAGAAAAUAGAAGAUUGGAUUCAACAUGUUCUUGGAAGGGGAUUUGUAGAAGCUCAAGAAAGAUAUAGCUUAAGUGCUCGAUCUGUCGUGAAACUUGUGACCUGCGAGAGCUAUCUUCAACAAGUUCAUAUACCGGGAGUUCUCCUUCCUGGCAGAAUCAUCGUGAAUUAG